AUGCUGAGCAAGAAGUUCUUGAGGGAUGGUGAAACGCCAGACCCAGCAGCCUCGGCCACCUCCGGAAUCACCAUUGAAGCCGUCAGUGCCGCCGCUGUCAACGCUGUUACCGCUUUCUCCUUCAAUGAAGCCUUGGCUUCAAAUUUCCCAAUGGGUUUUGGUGCAGCAAUUGCCUUUGAUGGCCUUACUGGCAAUGGCUUGAAGAAGCCAUCGGAGGUUGGUAGCCUCUUUUGGCUUGCAGAAGUUAGUGGCAUAGCCAUGAAAACUGCGGAAGUAGAGGCCAUUUUUCAGUUUCUUCUGUGA